UGGGCAGACAUUUUACGAUGAAGUCUAUCCUGAUUUGCCUUGCUGUUGCUUGUUGUUUUAACGAGAAAACAUUUAGUAGUGCUAUGGAGUACGACUUUGGAAAUGAAGGUUUUGGUUUUCCCUGUGAGCAAAACAAAUGCAGCUGGUGUAAAAGGCUUGCGUCAAGAUCUCAGACCUCAAAAUUAGUUUGCAUUGGACUGGAAUUCAAAAUCGCUGAAGAGACAUUAGACGUCAACUUUACGUUGGCUGGCAUGUUGAUCUUUGACAAAAAAGUUCAAGGAGAACACCCAAAACCACUCUGUGCAAUCGUUCCUCUUUUCGAGAAUCCGGUUCACACACGCGUGUGUAUUUAUCUCCACAACAUCAAAAUGGAUCUCGAGGGAAUACAAGGUUGUGUCACUCUUAUUGCAUUUGCUGCUGUGAGGCAACCGUUUCCAAUAGGUUGCUUUAAAAUUCCGACAGCUCUUCUACAAGACAAAGCUGACAUUCUUGUCUUUAGACGCAGAAUCGGGAUCGGAAAUUAAGCAAAAAAUGUCGAAAAUAUAUACUUGUUAGACCGUAUAAUUUCUUUUAUUAAAGAAUAAUAGGUUUUUUGAUUUUUGAAAGAUCUAUUGCUUGUUUAAAGUCAAUAUGUGUUCAAUGCAUUGAAUACAUAGGAACUACUUAAAAUAAUUGAUGUGUUAUUAGCCUUUAUUUUGUUGAAAAUGCAAAAGUUUUACCAGGGACAUUGAGGAUAUUCAAUGUUUUAAAGUCGGAUAUGGAAUUUAUUUCACGAGGGGGACAGGAUUUUUUUUGUAUUUCCAUG